CACAUGGACCUUCACUGUUCAGGUGUGGAGCUGCUGUCUUCAGAGCCUCAAACGACAACAACAAAAAAAGACAAAAAAAGACAGCAGCCUCGUGUCUGGAACAGCGAGUGUGGAUGUUUUUUUCAGCAGGAUUUUAUCUAAAACUUUUCUUUUAACAGAAGUUUUAAUAAUAAAAAAGAUUCUAAAAGUGCUUAAUAAGUGGUUAAUUAGCUAGGUUAAAUGAGAAAGCACUAGAGGCAAAGUCCAGCAGGCAUGUCUUUAGAGGAGCCGCUCCUGAUCCUGAACGAGUCGUGGGAGCGCGGGAGCGCGCCGGCCGCCGCGGGCUCAUCCUCUCCGCUGCACGCGGGCAUCUUCAUCGCCGCCGUGUACGCGCUGAUCAUCGUGGUGGGGCUCGUGGGGAACGUGACGCUCAUCCGGACCUUCUGCACCGCCAAGACCAUGCGCAACGUGCCCAACCUCUUCAUGUCCAGCCUGGCGUUCGGGGACGUGCUGCUGCUGGUCACGUGCCCGCCGGUGGACGCGAGCCGUUACCUGGCGGACAGGUGGCUCUUCGGCAGGCUGGGCUGUAAACUCAUCCCCUUCAUCCAGCUCACCUCCGUCGGAGUGUCCGUGUUCACCCUCACCGCGCUCGCGGCCGACAGAUACAAAGCCAUUGUGAAACCCAUGGACAUCCCAACCUCCCAUGCAACAGCCAAGAUCUGCUUGAGGGCUUCUGGAAUCUGGUUUUUGUCCAUGGUACUGGCCAUCCCAGAAGCUGUCUUUUCUGACCUGCACACCUUCCACAUCCCGCAGACCAACGAAACCUUCAAAACGUGUGCUCCGUACCCUCACGAGGGAGACCUCCACCCCAAAAUCCACUCCAUGACCUCCUUCCUUAUUUUCUACAUAAUCCCUCUCUUCAUCAUCUCUGUGUACUACUUCUUCAUCGCCAGGAGUCUGGUUCAGAGUGCGGUGAACAUGCCUGUGGAGGGAAAUGUAGCCCUAAGGAGACAGAUCGAGUCGAGGAAGCGGCUGGCUAAGACCGUGCUGGUGUUUGUGGGCCUUUUCGCUGUCUGCUGGCUGCCCAGUCACGUGAUCUACCUGUACCGCUCCUACCACUACUCGGAAGUGGACACGUCCAUGAGCCACUUCAUCGCCAGCGUGUGCGCGCGCAUCCUGGCCUUCAGCAAUUCAUGCGUCAACCCGUUCGCCCUCUACCUGCUCAGCAAGAGCUUUCAGAAGCAGUUCAACAAACAGCUGUGCUGCUGCUGUCCACCUCUCUCACGGCGCGGGAACAGCAGAGCACGAGGGAACACGCACCUGAGCUCUAUGAAGAGCACCCAGAACCACACAGUGGCCAGCUUCAGCCUCGCCAACGGGAACAAUGCGUAUCACGAGGGCUGUGUGUGAGUGCACAAGAUUGUUCUUAAAGGU